UGAUUGUCUUUACGGUAGCCCAAAUUGCACAGUAAUCAAUGCAUUUGGGCUGCAACAAUUCAGCUGACACAAAAGAUAAUAAAGUUUCCGUAAUUCCAUCCUUAGAAAAAAAGCGCAAUAAAAACAGUAAUAUGGCUGUGUUGGGGUUGCUUAGAGGUGCGCUGAAAGUUAGCAUAGGAGUGGGUGCCAUAUACGUACCAGCCGUUGAGGGAGUAUGGUCCCAGUCUAAGCAGUCAUCCCUCGCACUAAGAAGGUUAACAAAUUCAGUGGUUGGUCAAGACACUUUCUUCAACCAGAUGCUAAGAAGAAAUCGAUUAUCAGCAUUGUUGUUAGAGAAAUGGAAUUCAGGUGUCAAAUGGACAUUUGAGGGUUUAGGGUCAACCCCUGAGAAGGUUGGCAAACUGUCAGCGACUGCUGCUCAAAGUCUCACCAGUUAUUUAAAGUAGCAAGAAGACUUCAGACUAUCCUAAUUUAUGUUCAAAACUGCUUUUAAAUGUAAUAAUAGAUAUGUUUCAAAAUAUUAUAUACAAUAAAUUAAAUUUUACAAUACAGUA